GCGAGCGAGCAGGGUGGGCUGUGCUGGACAGGGCGGGACAGAGCUUUCUGUUUGCAAGAGAACCUGACCUGUUAGACUUGGAUUUCACCUGCAGAUUUGAUGGAGUCUGAGUCUUUUCAUCCCUCAGAUCCGGUGUCAGCACUAAGAUGGCUUUCAGGAUGAAAGCAUCAGAUAUGCUGCAAAAAUACAGAUCGUUUCAAGGAGAUGAGUACAAAGCAGAAGAGUUGGAUAACAAAAAUGGAACCAAAUCAAAAGUUUUACCAACAGAAGGAGAAGCAAGUGUCUUGGGCAUCCCAGACCAGGAAACAGUGGACUAUGGAGAAAAGAAAGAAAAUCAAGAUUCAAAUACAUCCAGGAAAAAGAAAAGAAAGAGAAAGAGGUUAGAAUGACCUGUGAUUAAUCUGACCAACUGCAAAUAUGAGUCUGUGCAUCGAGCUGCUAAGCAGUAUGGCCUGCGAGAAGGAGGUGAUAAUGAUGAGUGGACCCUGUACUGGACAGACUGUUCAGUGUCACUGGAUCGGGUAAUAGAGAUGAAAAGUUAUCAGAAAAUCAACCAUUUUCCAGGGAUGAGUGAAAUCUGGAGGAAAGAUCUUCUGGCCAGGAACAUGAGCAGGAUGCUCUAUGGAGACUUGCAGGCAUAUAGCAGAUCAAGGAAGUAUAAGACAUACAUCUGUAAGCCGGACUCUGGCUGUCAGGGGAGAGGUAUCUUCAUCACCAAAUCUGUGAAAGACAUAAAGCCUGGAGAGGAUAUGAUCUGCCAGCUCUACAUCUCAAGGCCUUUUAUUAUCGAUAAGUUUAAGUUUGAUCUUAGAAUUUAUGUGCUCGUGACAUCAUGUGAUCCUCUGAAGAUAUUUGUCUAUGAUGAAGGCUUGGCACGCUUUGCUACUUCAACCUACUCUGACCCGUCACAAAACAACCUUGAUGAUGUCUGCAUGCACCUGACUAAUUAUUCCAUUAAUAAACACAGUGCUAAUUUUGUCCGAAAUGAAGAUUCUGGUAGUAAAAGGAAGCUCUCCACGUUUAAUAAGUACAUGCAGAAGCAUGGCUAUGAUAUCAACCAGAUGUGGCUGGAUAUAGAAGAUGUUAUUAUUAAAACCUUGAUAGCAGCACAUCCUGUUAUCAUACAUAACUAUCAUACUUGCUUCCCCAACCACAUUAUGCCUAGUGCCUGCUUUGAAAUACUGGGAUUUGAUAUUCUGUUGGAUCACAAACUCAGACCCUGGUUGCUGGAGGUGAAUCACUCCCCAAGCUUCAGUACUGAUUCCUGGUUAGACAAAGAAGUGAAGGACCACCUUUUAUAUGACACCUUGGUUCUGAUAAACUUGGGAGCCUGUAUCAAGAGAGAGAUCCUAGAAGAGAAACGACGAGGAAAGGAGAGGCUUCUGAAGCAAAGCUGUUCUUGGGAGAUCAGAGCUGAGGAAUACAAGAACUGCCAGACUGAUUGGCUGAAACAAGCUGAGAACUAUGAGGAGAAAAACAAAGGUGGUUUUCGCAGAAUUUAUCCCAAACCUGAUUCAGACAAAUAUGAUAAUUUUUUCCAGCAUAACAAUUCAUUCUUUCAAGAAACUGCUGCUUCCAGGGCACGAGAAGAACAUGCCAGGCAGCAGCUACAGGAACUGAAAAUGAAGCAAGAGCAGAAAACUUUACGGUUAAGAGAGAAGAAGGUUGAGCUGCAGGGAGAGUCUACGCGUGAGAAAAUAAAGCGUUACAGAAAGAAGCUAGUAUCUAGAGCAGCUACUGCACAUGGCUUAAGGCAGAGAGCCCUGGGAGAAAAAGCACCAAAGAUGCAGAUAGUUGGUGGGGAAUCAAGCAUCCCACAAAAAGGACACAGUGGGUCCUGCCUGGAUCCACCUGCACGUGAAAAGCAAAAUGUGAGACACUACAGUUCUGCACCAGACUUGAUAAAGAAGAUCUCUAGUAGUAUGCAGGACCAGUAUGACUCUAAACCAGACCUGAGAGACCAUACAGAGCAUAAUCAUCAUUCCACAACAGAUCUGAACAUCAGAUUAAUGCUCAAAACACCAGCAGAUUUUUCCACAUUAUCAAAUACAUCUGGUCAUUCUUCAAAACCUUCCGCAAUGGUGACACAACUUCGAGCUGCAGUCACAACAGCAACUGAUGUAGUUUAUCAUGGAGGUGCAGCCAUUCAGAAUCUGAUGCCAUUUGGAUCUGAGAGAGAUCACCAGCCUCGUCUCAGGGAGAACUUAGUCUCACAUGCAGAAGGCCACAGAACCCAAGGAAAUCCCUUACGGACUGAACUGGAAAAGACUCCUGUCCUAAUGUCAAAAUUCUUCAGCAAACUCUAUUUCAUACCAGGAGAGAAGGCCGUAACACUCCCUAUGCACCAGCAUCACCACACUUAUCUCACCAAUAGAACACAAAGUGCGAUGCUCUUUAGGAGAACCCAGCUGAGCAGCAGAAUCUCUACAGGCAAGAAGCAAACAGAAUAUCAGAAUGUUCAGACAGCAUUCCAAAAACCAAACCAUCAUCGCUUUAGUUUUCAGGACCUGUUGGUUAUUUCCAGCCCUGCUCAAAUGGACCAACGACCUGCAAAAAGCAAUAAUGUAAUGUCAGGGGAUACUGCAAUGGGGUUUGAGCAGAACUCUUCCAUGCAUCACUGUUUGCCUUCUAAAACCUGAAAGGUGCUCCCUCCUACAGACAGAGCUGUUCAUCAUGAACUGACAGAACCAUUUUGUUUCUUCUUUUUAAAUAUACUCAUUGGUGAUUGCUUCCAGUAAACAGC